GUGAUUGAAAGAAAGUGAAUCGUAACGUGGUCGAGACUGGGAUGUUCUAGGGGAGAUCAUGUUGCGUCGGGAGGCUCGUCAGAGGCGGGAGUAUCUUUACCGCAAAGCUCAAGAAGAAAAACUCCGGACUCUCCAAGAAAAGAAAGAAAAAAUUAAAAAAGCUCUGAAUGAGAACUGCCUGAUUCCCACAGAACUUCGUAAAGAAGCCCUGGUCCUCCAGAAAGCACUUGAGUUUGAUGACGGAGGGGCAGAAGGAGCCACAAGUCAUGUGGAUGAUGAAUAUCGCUGGGCUGGAGUGGAGGUUCCCCGUAUUAUGGUUACCACCUCCCGUGACCCCAGCUCCCGCCUCAAGAUGUUUGCCAAAGAAGUGAAGCUAGUUUUCCCUGGGGCCCAGCGAAUGAACCGGGGAAGGCAUGAGGUGGGUGCUUUGGUCCGUGCCUGCAAAGCCAAUGGGGUCACCGACCUGCUGGUGGUGCAUGAGCACAGAGGGGUGCCAGAUGGACUCAUAGUCAGCCACCUGCCUUUUGGCCCCACUGCCUAUUUCACCCUUUGCAACGUGGUCAUGCGCCAUGAUAUCCCAGACAUUGGCACUAUGUCAGAAGCCAACCCCCACCUCAUCUUCCACAAUUUCACAUCUCGUCUUGGACAGAGGGCCACUAGCAUUCUCAAGUACUUGUUUCCAGUACCUAAAGAAGAGAGCAAGCGGGUCAUCACCUUUGCCAACCAAGACGACUACAUCUCCUUCAGGCACCAUGUUUACAAGAAGACUGACCAUCGGAAUGUGGAGCUCUCUGAGGUUGGGCCAAGGUUUGAAAUGAAACUAUAUAUGAUCAAACUGGGAACCUUGGAGCAAGAGAACACCGCUGAUGUGGAAUGGCGCUGGCACCCCUACACCCACACAGCCAAGAAGCGGAAAUUCCUCAGUGUUGAGUAGCAGUGCCUCAAAACUGCCACUUUCUCAUCAAAGAAGCAGACUGUUGGACCUUACCUGAGCUGGAUUCUUCAAGCUUGCUCCCAUAAAUAUAAAAUUUUUCUUUCUGCCUGUUCUAGGAAUGACCAUCUCUUUGGCUCACGUCAGAAUUUGGUUCCCACCCAUUCCAGGACUUCCCCAUUCUGACAUGGAACUUGUGAUGUUUGUCCAGCAGAAAGGGGGCUCUUGCACUUCCCUGUUCUGUGUUCCUGGUUCACUUGUGUAUUUAAUUUAGCAGAAACAUACUGGGUAACAUUGGCGCUGGCUGUCCAGUUCUAAAAAUGUCUAUGGGGAAUUGAUAUUGAAAGCUACAUUAGCAGCAAAGAAGACAGUCAAACAGCAGUUGUUAAGACUCAUGACGAUGGAGGACAUGUUCACUGUAAUUUACUAUAGCAUUUUAUGACUCUUAUCCUUUCUCGGCCCUCCAAUUGGUUUUUAUUACUUCAUGCCUACAAUUUUUCUACAACAACCUCUUUCCUCUUUUGUUGUCUAUUGUAGUAAUGUUACCUAGACAUAUAAAUAGGACUAACAAAGAGAUAGCAAAAUGGGAUAGG